AUGAUUUCCACUCUUUUCCUAAUUUUGGCUCAAAUGACCCAAAGUUUGGAAAAAGAACCAUCGCUAAUAAUUCCUAACCAUUAUAUGAAUGUGCAUCUCAAAGGAGGCGAACCGCAAGCGUUUCAAGUUGGAUUUGUUUCUGUAAUUUUAGGCAGAGACAUUAAAAUUCAGUUAAUAGACCCGCAUCCCGAAGUUCAUAAACCAUUUGAAGAAGGUUUUGCUGUUGUAUUCGAGCGCCCUCUCAAUUUUAUCAAAAUAAUUUCUAAACAUACACAAAACAUCGCAAUUUAUCCAAAUCUUACCCUCGGCAUUCCGGUCAACCGUCAUGACUCGGUUAUCUUUUCAAACAGAGUUAUUGAAGAAAUUCGUCCUUUAGAAAUCGGACCUUGCGUACAUUUCAUUUACUUUACAAAUAAGAGCUUGGCACGUGCAGACAUUGUCAAAGAUAAGGUAGUUAGAGCGAUUUAUGGUGUUAACGACACUGAUAUUAGCAAAGGUUUGAUUUCUAAAGUAAAUUUACAUGAAAUCAGGAAUCUUUAUGUACACGCUAUGGGCCCAAGGGAAGCUAGUAUGUGUCUCAGAAUCACAUCAACGAACAAAUCAGAAGUUAACACAAAAGAAGAAAAUAUUUAUGGAAUUUACAAAGUUGGGAAGUUCCCAUCCAUAAUUCGCCGCCAUGAUCUAUCACAAGCAUUGUCUACAAAUAAUAAUUGGAUAAUUAUUUAUGUAUUUAUUGCAUUUUGCAUUACAGGAGGAAUUGUCUUUGUUGGAUUCCUUAUUUAUAGAACAAGGAUUAAUAUGAGGCGCCGUCAACAAUUGGAACUCAACGAAUUAAUAGAAAAUACAAUUCCUCCAAUAGAAAGUGACACUCCAAUGAAUGAAGAAGAAAUGAAGUAUAUUUCUGCAGAAAACAUUACUCCGGCCAUUCCAACCAACGAAAUGGGCGAAGUAACAAUUUACCAAGGUCAAUUAGAAAACCCUUAUCUUAAUGAUGAGACUGUUUUGUAA